CACCGACUGGUAGAGUUUCCUGUGCGGAUAGUAUCGAAGAUAGCUUUCGGUGGGUGGUGUUUGGCCCGUUUUAUCUAGCGAAUUUCAUGGUCGACGUGUGCACUCGACGACGUAAAAAUGUGGAAAAAUGAACCGUGUUCAUGUUAAAUUAUGAAAGCGAAUCUAUUGAUCGAGAGAGCGUGCAGCGAGGAAUAUUACGGCGUGAUAGCGCAAAGAUCCUAACCUUGUUUAAAAAUGAAGUCGGGCACCAUGGACAAACACAGAGGCUCGACACUUUUGAAACCGGAAGAAAACGAGCAAGUCUUGCAAUUAAUAGGAAAUCGGUGCCAGUGUUUAGCAGCAGGAGUUAUUCAAUUAUAUUUGACUGAACCACCUUUACAUAAAGAAUGGAUAAAGAAAACUACAGGUAUUAUAACGCUGAUAAGAGAUAAUCCUAGACGUAGUUUCUUUCUCCGUUUAUAUUGUCUGCAAAGGAGAGCAAUGAUAUGGGAACAUGAAGUGUACAAUGCAAUGGACUAUAAAGCACCAUUGAUUUAUUUCCAUACAUUUGAAGCUGAAGAUUAUAUGGCUGCUUUUAAUUUUGCUAGUGAAACGGAUGCUUUAACAUUAAGAAAUAUUCUUCUUGAUAAAUUGAAUGCUAAACGUCACAAGAAACAGCAAAGACGGUCUAAAAUGGAAAUAGAAGUUCAGCAUGGUGGGACAUUACCAUGGAGAAAUCAAAGCAGUACAUCGCCUGUUGCAUUUACCACUGGUUCGACCUCCAAUUUAGCGAAUGGAACUCCAACCACGAUUGGUGUAAAUAGAAGUACAUCAACUAGUUCCAUGUACAAGCCUAAGAAGAAAAAACGAGAUAAAGCUAAGCGAAGAUUAACGAAAGACGAUAUAGGUCCACCAUCCAAUUUUAGACAUGUAACACACCUGCAACUCAAUGCUAAUAACAAGAGCGAUCAAGUCGAUCCACACUUAAAAAUGUUCCUUGAUAAAGUAGGCGUGUCGGAUGAUCAAUUUAGAAAUCAGUCUACACGUGAUUUUAUUUAUGAAUUUAUUGAAAAGAAUGGAGGCAUGAGUGCCAUUCGAGCAGAUAUUUCAACACCUAAUGUACAGCAGCACUUACAACAACAGCAACAACAACAACAGCAGCAACAACCGCCUCCUCCGGUAGCCCCUCAAAGACAGGAAUUCCCGCCGCCAGUUCCUGCACGACUAGUACCUCAUCAGACGAAAAGCGCUCCGUCACUACCUCCAAGUCGAAUACAUGCACCUUCAACGCCGCCGAGUGCACCAUCCAGUGCGCCGCCAGUGCAUAGAAUACCAGUACGACCACCACCUCCUACUAUUACGGCGGCACCAGCAUUGCCACCACCUCCACCACCACCUCCACCAGCUCCAGUUCCACCAUCCAGAACUAAUUCGAGUGCGCCUGUUCCCCCUCCACCACCACUGCCUAAUUUAGUGAUCACUGAGGAAGAAACUAUUAAUACAAGUGCUACAAAUAAUAAUAAUAAUAAUAACAAUACUAGUAGUAAUAAUAAUAAUGAAGAAAACGCUGACCUCAGGUCAAUGCUCAUGGAAUCAAUUAGAAGUGGCACUACCCUUCGAAAAGUUGAAAAAACCGAAUCAAAACAACCUUCGCCACCCUCGGACUCCAGAAAUGCAUUAUUGGAACAAAUUCGUCAGGGAAUUGAGUUGAGGCCUGUUGCAAUUGAAGUAAAGUCUAAAUCCACUCCGAUGUACCAAGGAGGACUAGCUAGUGCUUUGUCAAGAGCUCUUGCUGAGCGAUCAAGUGCAAUCCAUAGUGAAAGUGAUGAUUCGACUAGUGAAACCAGUGAUGAGGAUGAGUGGGAAGAUUAACUCAGAUGGAAUAUACAACUUGAGGAAUACAAUAAUGUACCACUGUGAUAAAUCUGCUAUUGAUAAACAUUUAAACAGAUUAGCUACUGUAAAUGUAUAAUGUAACGAUUUUGAAUUUGAUAUCCAAAGAAGAAUGAAAAUCAUAUAUGAAUGUUCCAAAAAAUGGAAUCAGUUAAAUGUGUUAUCAGAAAGUAAGGCACAAUCACGUGGAUAGGGCAGGUAAGGGCAGAAUAAAGGUUCUGGUAUUGUUUUAAAAACAUAGCAACAUAUAAUUAUCAAAGCAGGUAUACCGUACAAUGGAAACAAUGCUACCAGCACAAUAGGUAUACAGUAUAACAUACAGUGUGUACACGCUUCAGCGAUACAGUCAAUUAUCUCCAUUAUUUUACACGGUAAUUAAUUGUAUUGCUUGAGCACUGGCACACCGUAUAUAAGUAAUGGUUUCUUAUAUGACAUUAUUUAUUUAACUGGAAGAAACGAUAUUUGCCAAAUAAAAUGAAUAUUAGAAAGAUAUCUAUUCUAGUUGUUUUAAUGAGCAUUGUAGGAGAUACAGUGAUUAAAACUACUAAAUAAGUUAUAGGUAAUGUUACUGUAUAUGUAUACCGCAGAUACGAAAAUCGUGAAUUUCGUGCCGAUUCACUGAAAUCUAACGAUCGCUUUGUAUCUCAAUACUUCGGGACUGUACUUUUGCCCUAGUUUGCCCUGCCCAAAUCGUGCAACUCAAAGUAUGCGUAAUAUUAAGUUAGCAAUGACUUUCGUGCGACACGCACUUUUACGAUGGAACAAAUGUAAACGUACAGGUAUAUAAUAAUUCCAAAUUAAUUGGAAUAGCCCUAUCAGUUGUAAUAGAAGCGAAGAAAAAAAAGAGUAUUAGAAAUAUUAUUAGAUUCCUUUCCAGUUUAAUACUCUAUGAAGUUGCAAUGAUUUUGAUAAAUGAGCUACACAUGUAAAAGAGAUAUCUACAUCGAACAAAAAAUUCUAAUUCUUAGAAGCUAUAUUUAACAUCUCCAGAGACAUAUGUAUAUGUAUAAUACGUACAUAUGCCUAUAUAUGUAUGUAUAUAUACAUAUACGUACGUGUAUAUUAUCUAUCGCAUAUACUAUUGUACAGUUCAAUUUUUAACAAUCAAACUAAAAGGUUCAUUGUAACGUUUCUUGCGUCAGGGACACAAGGUCGAUUUUUUCUAACCGACGUCCAAAAAAGAAAGAAAAAAAAAAGAAAUGAAUAGGAAACCGAAGAUUGUCGAGAUAUCAUAAAAGUAUAAUGUAAGUUCUAGGUAAAUUCGACGGUGUGCGGAAAUUUUUAUCCUAGAAAACUCGGGGCCCCAGCACCGAUUGUUGUCUCGUUUAUCGGCACAGAGAUUGCUUUGGAAGGGAUAUCGAAAUUACGGCUUUAUAUCUAGUCGUUUAUGAAGCCAAAGCAGGUACCCUGAAUGGACGUAAAAGACGUAUUACCCCCGAGUAUUCUCAUGGUGUCUGUUAAACGAUCCAACGAAUCAUGGAGGAGAGGAGAGCAAACAAAGCAAAGCAAAGGAGGAAACGCCACAAAGUGUACCAUAGUACUAUCGUUGUAUACGUUACGGUAACUUCUCGUCGUCGAGCAUAAUUUGGAAAGAAAAAAGAAACGAGGAGGAAAGUUGAAGAAGGAAACAGCACAUUAAAAAACGACUCUUAGAUAUCCUACUGAAGUACGCGUAAGAUUACGAAUUAACGAUUGUAGUAAGAACUGUAUAUUUUCACGUGUGUGAUAUAGGUGAGACGAAGAGAUCGCGGACCUUGAAAACGCGAAAAUAAAAGACAUUAUCCACCGGAGGUAACGAGAAAGAGAGAUAGAUAAAGGCGUAACGUAGAGUUACGCCGAUAUGAAAGAAAAAUCCUAGUCACACCAGCAGAAAAGAAAAAUGAACAAAAAGAAGUGAAAAAAAAGAAUAGAAACAAACAUGUUAAUUAUUAGUUAUUGUAUUUUAUUAUAUUCUAUAACGCAAUAUUAUCUAACGUGAACCAUUCGUUGCCCGAAAAGAAAAAAAAAACUACUAAUCUCGGUUGAGAUGAAGAUCGAUACGUUACGGAGGGAUAUUUGUUCGGCCGCCUCGAAUCUUUCUUCACGGCGUGUGAACGUGAGACGUGUAUUAAAGACAGGGGGAAGAACUAUGAAACUGUUUGUUGAACUAUAAAUAAAGAGAAUGUAGCGGGGAA